ACAAGGACGAUGAAGUGCAGUUCGACAAAGAUACAUUAUGUCCGACUUGGGGAAGUGUUGGUUACUGCAAUGAAAGCGAAGAAGUGAAAAAAAAAUGUAAACACAGUUGUGAUGUAUACCAAGAUAGAAAAGGAGAAGGACUUAACCCUGACUAUGAAAACGCAUUUUAUCACUACCCAUUCUAUAUAUACUAUCCUUAUACCACCCUUAAAAAACCCCUUCCUACAGUUCCCGCCACCGAACACCCGCCUUCGGAGAAGCCAGUCAUACCCACCCUCCCACCAAAAUAUUCAACCGUACCCCCAACCCCUGCUAUUACCACUCCCAAGCCGGGUGAGGGGUUACCCACAAUCACACCUACCGAAGGUAAAUCAGAGUCACCCAAACCAACACACAAGCCAACCGAGCCAAGUAAACCAACUCCCGAACCAACAGAAGCUCCAUCUCAAGAAACCUCCGCACCCGACACAGAAGCGCCGCCAACAGAAGGACCACCGCCCACCACAGAACCACUACCUGAAACCCCGCCCCAACCUCAACCCCAACCCCAACCUCUACCCACACCUCAACCUCCUGAAACCCAACCCCAAUUUCCUGAACCCCCAUCUCAAUCUCCUGAAACCCCACCCCAAUCUCAACCUCCUCAACAACUACCCCAAUCUCAACCCCCCCAAGACCCUUCCUCAGGGGGAGGCAAUACAAUGGGAGGAACCACGGGCAAUGCGGAGGGAGCAGUCAAAUUCCCACAUCAUCAUCAUCAUCACCGCCACCACCACCGACAUCUCAAGAAAAUGCACAAGCAUCAUCAUAAGCAUCAUCAUAAGCAUCAUCAUUCCAAACAUUAUAAGAAACACUCACACAAGAAAAUGCAUUGA